GGCAGCUGUUGCGCCCAGCGGGCUCCAACCCCUGAGUUGUCUGCUCACGCCGAGGGGCGGCGGAUGUGAGAGCCACGAGGGUGGUGUUUUGAUUGAGCAAGUGGACGGAGAAACAUGAUUUUACGCUUCAGACAUGCUUGAACAGCUUCAGCUAGUCCUGAGCGAAGCUGAUUUGCGCCAGGCUCAGUCUGUCAGAGCCCCGGGAAAGAAAGGUGUCGUAGAGGGGGAUGGGGGCAGCGAAAUGACUGGGAGGAGUGUUCCUACGACUCUUCCCCUCCAUGUUUGGGAUGUUUGGAUAUACCAAGGAGCUUACACAGCGUAUGAUCUAACUACUAUAUAUGUGCAUGUUCGUCACGUACAUCAAGAUAUCUUGCCUCAAUGCUGGCUUCUGGGCGCCUCUUGUCAAGCGGGAACAAGGGGCGAAGCAGGUGUCAGAUGCGGCCAGUCUUGAGAGCGCGAUGUUCGACAACCAGCGGCCAAGUAAGCUUGAAUACGGCGGAAACACGGAGACGCCUGUGGCCUCGUGCCGGCUAGCGGAUUGAAAUGCCUACAGUAGCACAUGCCACA